AAUAAUAAAUUAGAUUAUAAAAAACUUAGACUUUUCGAAAUUAUUAAAAAAGUUUUAUUAAUUAAUUUUAAAUUAAAACUCUUAAAUACGAUACGAUAUUAUUUAGUUUUUUAUAUUUUAUUCCUUAAGCCGGUACCUAAAAGUUUAUAUAUAAGAGAUCGUAUUAUAGUUAAACCUAAUAAACUUAAGAAUAAAAUCAAAUAA